CUGCGCUGGGAUUGGUCGGUUCGCGGCGUUCUCCGCCUCCUCCGGGGAGGACUUCUGAGGUUUUUUUUUCCUCUUUUCGGCCGUGUAUCCCGGGAGGAGGGAGGCGGACGGCCAGACCCCGAGGUACGGGAGUGCCCAGCGGCUGCCGGUGCGAGGAGGCCGCGCUCCGCACCUGCCGCCAUGAGGGCCCGGAAAGCCUGCCUGCUGGUGCUGCUCCUGGCACUGGCCCAGCUCCUCGUCGCGGCCAGCGCGCAGGGAACCGACGAAGAUUCUCCUGAUAGUGAAAAUGCCGUUGAGGACGAAGAGGAAGAGGAGGAGGAAGAUGAUGAGGAGGAAGAUGACUUGGAAGUUAAGGAGGAAAACGGUGUGUUGGUCCUAAAUGAUGCUAACUUUGAUAACUUCGUGGCUGACAAAGACACAGUGCUGCUGGAGUUUUAUGCUCCAUGGUGUGGACAUUGCAAGCAGUUUGCUCCAGAAUAUGAAAAAAUUGCUGGUGUCUUAAAGGAUAAUGAUCCUCCCAUUGCUGUUGCCAAGAUCGAUGCGACCUCGGCAUCCAUGCUGGCCAGCAGGUUUGAUGUGAGUGGGUAUCCCACCAUUAAGAUCCUGAAGAAGGGGCAGGCUGUUGACUACGAGGGCUCCAGGACCCAGGAAGAAAUUGUUGCGAAGGUCAGAGAGGUCUCCCAGCCCAACUGGACACCUCCACCAGAAGUCACGCUUGUGUUGACCAAAGAGAACUUCGAUGAAGUUGUAAAUGAUGCGGAUAUCAUUCUGGUGGAGUUUUAUGCCCCGUGGUGUGGACACUGCAAGAAACUCGCCCCUGAGUAUGAGAAGGCUGCCAAGGAGCUCAGCAAGCGGUCGCCUCCGAUUCCCCUGGCAAAAGUCGAUGCCACCACAGAAACAGACCUGGCCAAGAGGUUUGACGUCUCUGGCUAUCCCACCCUGAAAAUUUUCCGCAAGGGAAGACCUUUUGACUACAACGGCCCACGAGAAAAAUAUGGGAUUGUUGACUACAUGGUCGAGCAGUCUGGACCUCCCUCGAAGGAGAUUCUGUCCCUGAAGCAGGUCCAGGACUUCCUGAAGGAUGGGGACGAUGUCAUCAUCAUUGGGGUCUUUAAGGGGGAGAGUGACCCAGCCUACCAACAGUAUCAGGAUGCUGCUAACAACCUAAGAGAAGAUUAUAAAUUUCAUCACACUUUCAGCACUGAAAUAGCAAAGUUCUUGAAAGUCUCUCCAGGGAAGCUGGUUGUGAUGCAGCCUGAGAAAUUUCAAUCCAAGUAUGAGCCCAAGAGCAAUGUGAUGGACAUUCAGGGUUCUACAGAGGGGUCAGCCAUCAAGGACUAUGUGGUGAAUCACGCCUUGCCCCUGGUGGGCCACCGCAAGACCGCCAACGAUGCCAAGCGGUACAGCAAGCGCCCCCUGGUGGUGGUCUACUACAGCGUGGACUUCAGCUUUGAUUACAGAGCGGCUACUCAGUUUUGGCGGAACAAAGUCCUGGAGGUGGCCAAGGACUUCCCUGAGUACACUUUCGCCAUUGCUGACGAGGAGGACUACUCUACGGAGGUGAAGGACUUGGGGCUCAGUGAGAGCGGGGAGGAUGUCAACGCAGCCAUCCUGGACGAGAGCGGGAAGAAGUUCGCAAUGGAGCCAGAAGAGUUUGAUUCCGAUGUGCUCCGCGAGUUUGUCACAGCUUUCAAAAAAGGAAAACUAAAGCCCAUCAUCAAAUCCCAGCCAGUGCCAAAGAACAACAAAGGGCCAGUCAAGGUCGUGGUAGGGAAGACCUUCGACUCCAUCAUGAUGGACCCCAAGAACGAUGUCCUCAUUGAGUUCUAUGCACCAUGGUGCGGGCACUGCAAGCAGCUGGAGCCUGUGUACACCAGCCUGGCCAAGAAGUACAAGGGCCAGAAGGGCCUGGUCAUUGCCAAGAUGGAUGCCACCGCCAAUGACAUCACCAGUGACCGAUACAAGGUGGAGGGCUUCCCCACCAUCUACUUUGCCCCCCGUGGGGACAAAAAGAAUCCAAUUAAAUUUGAGGGUGGAGACAGAGAUCUGGAGCAUUUGAGCAAGUUUGUGGAAGAACAUGCUACAAAACUGAGCAGGACCAAGGAAGAGCUUUGAAGGCCUGGAGGUCUGCAGAGGGUGGGAGGCACCCCGCACACCGAAGCUUCCAACAGUGGCGGCUGGGGCGCCCGUGAGAGCAGGCUGGCCAAGGCCAGUAGCCCAAUGGCAGUAUCACAAUAUUUUUUCUUUUGGUAUUUCACCUCAUGCUCUGAAUACUGAGUAUCCAUGAAUGACUUGGUAGUUUAGUCCAGAUUUUUAUGGAGGAUACAUCUAUUUUUAUCAUUAACUGGGAUUUGGUUUUUAGGGAUUUUUUUUUUCACCUUUUACUUCCUUUGCUGUUUCCUCAAAGCAGACAAAUUGAAUGUCCUUUGUGUGAAAAUGCUUUUUUUUAAUUUAAAGUUUAAAAAAACCUUUGCGUAAUCAUGUUGAUUUUUGCCCUUUAUUUUAUUGCUGUCUAGGGAAUUGUUAGUGUAAGAAGAUUGGAUUACUAUUACAUGUUAGUUUUGGCUUAUUCCUGUUACUGAAUGAAGUAAGAAUUGUCCCCAAGCACCCUGCUGGGGAUGGUAUUUCUGUCUGACUUGUGAGCUGUCCACGCAUCCAGGGAGAGGCUAUGCCCCCAGACAGAACCAGGUUUCACCAUUCCAGUUUCCGGCAAACCAAGGGCCAGGUGGAAGGGCAUCGUCCAGGGUACUCCAGACCUAGUUCAGCUUUAGGGAGGGGCCACCCUCUACAGUAGCCCCCCACCACUCACCACUUCACACCCCUCAGAGUUGGGGUAGAAAGGGCCUCAGACACAGAUACUUCAGGGUAGUAGAAGAGAUAGUGCAGGCUGUCAUCAUGGAAUAAAAACAUUAUUAAAAAUGAA